UUUAUAGUGGGGUUUUCGUGUCUUUGUUUUCUAGUGCACAUGGGAGAGACUCCGUUCUGUGGGCAGUUGUGGAAAGCAAGAACCAUGUGAGUCCAUGUGCCAUUCUAAAUAAGUAGACCACUCCCAACAUUUUCCACACAAAUCUCUCUCACUUUCUUCCUCUUCUUUCUCUCCUUGCUUUUCCUUCAAUCUCCUUCAUUUUUUCUUCUACCAAACUCUCCUCAUAACUUCACUUACUCACCCAAUAUACCUUCAUCAACUUCCUUCAAUCGUCUCCUAUUAUUCUUAUCAUUAUUACUUUGCUUUGCCUUUGCCCCUUUCUUUCUCACCAACCAUCUCCAUUCUGAUUCUCUUUCUCUUGCUGGAACCAUCUGUUAAAUGGAAGGGCAAGUGGCUAAACGCAGACGUGUGUACUCUGUGGAACCAAACCAGAUAGUGCAAUCUAUAUUUACUAGGAAUUAUUUGAACCAUUUAGUUCCAGCGUUGGUGAAGAUGAAGGAGAAAGAUAGAAGCCAUUGUGAUAUUAACCGUGCUGUGAAGUAUGAGGUGGACAUGGCAAUGGUGUUGUCAGCACAAGGUUUUGCAUGGAGUAACGGCCUCAAAGUCAAGCUUCAAAACGAUCGUGUUCGUGUCAAUGCAGCUAAAAGCUCUACGUUUCUUGAAAAUGGGGCUGGUGAAGGUUCAUCAAGUGGUUGUGAGGACAAUGAGGUUGUCCCAAUGGAAUUCUCUUCAAACCCUAGCUCGAAGCCUAGGUGCAAGGACAUGUCAGAAAUGAAAAGGGAUUUGGCCAGAGAAGAUGAUGAUGAUGAUGAUGAUGAAGAUGGGGACAUGGAGGAGCAGUGGAAGAGGCUGAGGAGGUUGAUACCUGGAGGAGAAAAGAUGUGUGAUGAACAAAUGGCUAAAGAGCUUGAGAGUUACAUAAGCUGUUUGCAAAUGCAGCACCUAGCUAUCCGGAGAAUUGGUUUGGCCUUGUUUACGCAUUCUACGAAGUGUCCUUUUAGGAGCAGCAAAGUGAUGCAUCAUUAAGAGGUUUGCCAGCAGGUAAAAAACGAUGAUACAACUGGCUUACUUUUUUAUGAGGUGCUGAAGUGAUCAACAUUUUCUGAAGACCCCUUAUAAAGGAACAAACACGUAUCAUUAAUACUCAAGUACCAGACAAAUUUUUCCAUUACCAGAUUGAGGGGGACUACACUUGGGAUUUUCGGUUUUACAAAGUAGACACAUUUUUAAGUUUUAACUCAAAGGAUAGGAGAAUCACAUGCACAUUCGCCCCACUCAUAAACCUUUUGGAUUUCAACUUGUUAAAUGGAGGGAGCCAUAUAUAUAUAUAUAU